AUGGUGACGUCCAGCUUCAGCCACGCAUCCAUGAGCCACUUCCUCAUCAACAUGUUUGUCUUCUUCUCCUUCGGCAUGCCAGUUGCUGCUGUCAUGGGCCAACUGCCGUUUCUGCGGCUGUACCUGGCGGCGGCCGUGUCGACUGCCCUCGCUCAUAUCGGCUACUACACAAUCCUCCUGCCUCGCCUCCACCCCCAUGCGAACUUGACGGAUCCUGGCAGCAUCGGCGCGUCUGGUUGCGUCAUGGCGGUGAUGACGUAUUUUGCUGCGCGCGCCCCACGUGCCACCGUCCUCCUCCUCAUCAUUCCCGUCCCGGCCUGGCUCGCGGUGUCGCUGUUCAUCACUGCUGAUCUGUUUGGAGCGUUCAAGGGCGGAGGAUCAGGCGUCCGCGGCGGGCCACGCAUCGACAACGCCGUACGGCCCCACCGCCCGCGCAUGCAUGCAUGA